AUGGCCAUGCAGGCAGGAAUCAUGAUGGCUUCACCAUAUGGGAGUGAACAGGGCCCGGGUGUAGGCUGGGAACGAGGAGGUUCAGGAGGAGGAGGAGGAGGAGGAGGAGGACUUUAUCCUCAGACGACUCCAUCGAAUUUGUACCCUGUUACCACUGAGAACCAGUUGCAUCCUACCACUUACGCAGAAUUGGUGACGACAUACACACCAAUUCCUGUUGCUCAACCCUACGAUGGCCGCUCGCAGGCAGCCAAGGACAAGGUCGUCGGUGAUUCUCAAGAAACAGCAUCGCCCAUCGAUUUUUGUACAUUCAUGGGCAGAUUUUAUGAUCCUCUCAACCUUUACAACAAGUUUCGAGAGCAUUUUGAGAUCAGUGAUGAGUACUCUCCUUUUUUCGCUCAGCCCAGCGACUGCGAUGCAUACUCGAGGAGGGAGAGGGUAUUGGUUUUUAUCAACACGAUACUGGCAAUCUUAGCAUCUUCAUCUUUUGUCAUGAUGAUGACCGAUGAAAAUGACUUCGUGAGGGCAUCAGCCGGCGCGGUUAUCAGUCCACUGAUACAGCGCCUUAUGUUGAACGGGUUGUUGAAGAAGAUUUUCAAGGCUAAGGCAGACGAAGGUGGAGGGUGUGAAAGGUUCUUCAAAAGAUUUGUCAAUGUUCUGGCAUUCUUCCUUUGCUGCAUAUCAUGCUUUCUUGGAGUCCUCUUCAUCAUGAUCGCCUUCGAGUGCAAAUUUUACACUUUUGCAAACCCCAACGCUAUUGCCAUGGCUUUGGCAGAAGCAAAACUGAACAAUACGGCCUUAAAGAAUGUCUCCAACACGUUUGCUGCCAACCAGACUGCACUGGAGGGCGCUACUGUACACAACAGCACAAUGGUGAAUGGAACGAAAUCAACGUUCAACCAAAUGAAGAUGGUGUUUACAUGUGAAACUAAAAGCCAACAAGCUGCUGAGAGCUUCUGUUCUCAGCUGGGUGGACGCCUGCCAUUGUUUGAAAUUGAUUCCGAACUCAAGAUGGCAACUGAGAUCAUCAGGGAGCAUUUUGACGCCAACUUUGUCACGACCGGAAAACAUAUUUGGACAGGCCGAGUCGAUGACUGGCAGAAAUGUGUCAGUCUUCACUGGGGUGAUAAGAAUGCAGCACCUUCGUUGGAUGAUUAUCAAGCUUGCUCCGAUGCGCACCAAUUCAUCUGUCUCGUCAACGAAAUUCCUCUCAACCUCAAAGCAGAUUUGGCGGACUGCAACUGCGACAACAAGACGAGCACACUGGUCAACAGCUUGCUGAUACAGUAUGCUUCGUCAUACUUCGUUGGGAACAUCUUGAAAUACUGCUAUAAUAUUUUGCUAGCCCCGAUCUACUUCCUGUGCUUGGGUUCAUGCUGCAAUUGCAUUCGUAAAGUCUUGGAUUGGACAGUGAUGGAAGACUGGGCAAAGUCGGAUAGUACAGGGAGUCCUGCUAUCAUGCAUGCGCACAAAGACAUGUACUUCACUGUCUUUGUCUGUUACGAUGAGCCAGACAACUUGUGCUGCUUCAAGCCUGCUGAACUAGCAAGUCGAGCUUCUCAAAGUCUCUCUUUCCGGAGUGAACCAGCUGUUGUGACAUGA